AAACCCUUUCUCCAUGUGAAUGUAAUCUUCAAUGUUCUCUUCUCCUUCAACAAAAAGGGAUCAGUCAAGGAACUGAGGAAAAACACGAAGAAGAAGAAAAAUAAGGCUUUUGUCUCAACUUCAUGAACGUAGAACCUACAAAAAUGACCCACCAGAAUCCUGUCCAGCCUGGGGAACGAAGAGCUCCCCAGCUUCCAGAAGAACCCAACAAAUGUCAGCAGCAUGACGAUGUUGUUCAUGUUGAGACAGGAAUCUCAGGGUUGGAAACCUGUCAAUAUGAUUUUGAUGAGACUGCUAGAGUUAUAAACAACGAGGGAAGCUCGUUAGAGGGUACGUCUUCAGCUCCUGUAGUAGUUGAUGACGUUACAAAAGAAGCAAUGAGGGCUAAAGAGUUGUUGGAAGAAGAUAAUGGAAGAGAGAGACUGAAGAGGCAUAGGAUUGAAGUGGCAGGCAGGGUUUGGAUUCCUGAAGUAUGGAGUCAGGAAGAGCUUUUGAUGGAUUGGAUUGAUUGUUCUGUAUUUGAAGCUUCUUUGGUCCCUAAUGGGAUUCUGUCAGCUCGUGCAGCUUUGGUUGAUGAAGGACGACGAGCAAAUUCUGGUGGAUUUAGAAUAGAAAACAGGUGUUAG